GGUUGUGUUCAUGUUUUGCAAACAUGGCGGGUAUUCCUGUAGAUGUUGCUUAUUUUGAAUCUCCAGUCGGAAUUUACGAGAUAAUGGCCGAAGAGGAAGGUAUCACAAGUAUCAAGAUGAUAAAAGAGAAUGAAAAACAAUUAAUCUUUAAUUCAGAUUGUCCAAACUCGCAUUUGGCAGAUUGUCUUAAAUGGAUGCAAGUUUAUUUUACUGAUCUGGGCAAGAUAUCGAAAUGCAAGAUGCCAGCGUUAAACACUACGAAGUUCAAACACAAGAAGUUUUGUCGUAAAGUUUGGAAGGUUGUUGGAGAACAGAUAAAACCUGGUCAAACCAUUAGUUAUAGUGAUGUUGCUAAACUCAUGGGUAAUCCCAAGGCAGCACGCGCUGUUGGCAUGGCGAUGAAGUCCAACCCCCUGUCAAUCAUCAUGCCUUGUCACAGAGUAGUCAGCAAAAAUGGCAUAGGGUUUUACAGUUCCCUUAAUGGCAUAAAAACCAAGGAAUGGCUGUUACAGCAUGAAAAAGUGGAUACAAAGAAAAUUGGAAAUUAAAACUGUGUGAUUGAUUAUUCAGCUAAGAAAUUUGACCGCAAGUGGGUUUUUAGGGAGCUGGAUGUAGACGUCAAGAAAAUACUGUCAA